CUGACAGACAGGACAGAUGUCAGCUUUCAUAAUCAGUUGCAUUUCAUCGUAGCAAAUUUUUGUCAAUUAAUUACUUUAAUAAACAGCUGUCCUAUUUCUAUAUUCAUUUUACCAUAGUUUUCGAUAUUAUGUAAAGAGUAUUCAAUGUGGUGUGUUAUUUUUGUGAAGUUGUGGCUAUACUAAUGUAAUUUAAAGUGUCUCUGUGAAUCCUUGAAUAUACUUUUUGUCCAAGAAUGUCGAUUCCUCCACUCGUUUGCAGUACUCCUCCUCCACCCGACCAGUGCGAAGACGACAAGGAUCCUGGGGAUUUCGACUUAUCGUACAGUUUGUCACAAGAGGAUGAUGAUGAUGAAGACAAUGAUUAUAACUAUGGCAACUUUUCUUCCUUCAACCAUUAUGGAUCUAAUGAUAAACCACUUCAAAUCAACAAUCAAGAGGAUCCUAAAAGCAUAGACAAUGACACACACAAAGAAAUGUUCAUGGAAUAUCAAAUUAGCAAAGAAGCUGAACAAAGUAGCAGUAUUAGUCAAAUUAGUACCAAUGGUGUACAUGAAAACAAGUUGAAAGGUGAAGAAGAUAUGAAUAUAGAGGAUUUAAAUUUAAAAUUGGAAGAAGAAAUUGUUAUAAAUGUAGUUGAAAAUUGUGAUGAAAACGAGAAUAGUGACCAGAAUACUGAUAGUAUAAAAGAUUUAAACAUUCCAUGUAACUCUAAUAAUAGCAGCCAGGAUGAUGAUAGCACUAAUAUGUCUCCUUAUGAAAAUGUGAUUGAACCCACUCCCACAAAGGAAAUACUUACCGAUUCAGAUGAGGCAGUAGUUGACCAAGUACUACCAGAUGACCAGUCUAUUAAUAUAAGUGUAAAACAUGAGAAUACCCUUGGAGAUACAAAAGAAAAGGAAGUUGAUAUACCAAUCAUCACAAAUAGGCCCAUUGAAGAAGACUGUACUGUAGAAAAGUUAAAUGAAAUUCCAGAAAGCUUUCAACAUUCCUUGAAUGAAUUUGAUAUUAAAUCAAGUGAAAAUAUGCAAGAUGAUGAGUUUGGAGACUUUGAUGAAUUCCAGUUUGUAAAUACUAAUACUACAAGUGUUGUUGCUAGUGUUGUUGACAGUUCCAAUCCAUGGGAGAAUAAUGAAACUAGUGAAGUGGACUUUGGUAACUUCACAGCUAAUUUUGAUGAUAACAAUUCUCCUGUGGAAGAUUCAGCUAACACUGAAACUAGAAGUUCACCUAGUGGAGAGCCCCAUGAGAUUGUGAAAGAAGAUACCUGUGAAGACGAUGAUUUUGGGGAUUUUGAUGACUUCAAAUCAUCUGCUAAAAUGGAAUCAAGUGAAGAGCAAGGGGAAGAUCCAUGUCAUGAAAUGUCAGUACUCAAUUUACAGUCAACUGACAAUGAACAUCAUAUCAUGGAAAGUGUGACCAAAGUAUUAACUUCAGUAUUUGUUGAAGAAAUAUCAGAACCCAGUGAAGAAUUUGAAGGGAAAAUAGAAUCAUUGCUGAGUGAAACAUGGGGACACUUGAUGGAAACUGAUGAGAGGCAACCAUACAUUGUGAACUGGAACAACUCUUUAGGACAGAAGACUCUCUUAAAAGCUUUGUGUAUAGACUCCAGAAACAUUCUAUUUGGACCAAAAUGGGGUAGCCACAUGCCAAAAUAUGCAGCAAACUUGAGUGUGGCGCCUCUUCAACCGCAGAAGCAAGCUGCCGCGCCAUCUAAUGUCAGUCAGAGUGAACCUAUGACUGAUAAACCAUCAAGCAAGCCCACCACUUGGUCUGACCCAUUCUCAUCAGAGGGUCAAGAAUCUUGUAACACAGAACAUGAAAGUGCUGGUGGAUCCAUAGCGCCUAGGCCAACGGAUUUAGAUGUAUUUGAAGCUGCUAUGUCUACGAAGUCAGAGAAAAUAUACUCAAGUACAUUAAAUGUACAACCUAUACGACAAAUAAAUUUACCUGACACUCAUAUAUUUACGCCGACCGACUCUGAGAUACCCAGGUCUAAAACAAUACACUACGACCCUAGUCCGACAGUUCUCUUACCGCAGCCGGUUGUACCGGACGCUAAGAACAUAGACAACCCUCUUACACCAACUACAAGUCAAAUGGUUAAAGCUAAUACGGAGGAUGACAGCGAAUAUUGGGAGUUUCAAGACUUCAAGGGCACACCCGAGUCCAGUUCCUUGCCAGGUUUAGUAAGCCAACAGAAAGUACCCGACGAAAGCAAUGUGCACACAGCCACGACGGUUAAUGCGUUGCCCAAUCCCAGUGUAGCGUAUCAAACGCAGCUGUUACAGCCUAUUAAGAUAGAACCUGCAAUGCCUACACUAAACUGGCCUGACCCUGGUGAAGUGAAAGCCACAUAUGACGAUUUCACAGAUUUUGUGUCAAUAUCAACAUCAUUACCCGAAACACAAGACUAUACUAAACCACAAGACGUAGAAUUAGAUACCCAGUCGAAUACACUCAAGUCUGAUAACUUCAAUGAUCUCAAAGAGAAAGUGAAAGUAGUUGCAGAAGCGAGCAAACCUGAGAAUGAGAGUUUGGAUGACGAUUUUGAUACUUUUCAAUCGGCACUACCCUCAAAAGCUACACAGAGCAAUAAGUUUAAAUCAAACACUUUUGGUGAUACUCAAACACAUUUUGAGCAACCAAUGGAUUUCGAUUAUGCAUCUUCGAAAACUAACCAUAUGAAGUCUGAUACCAUAUCAUUUACGACUAUGACAAGACCAAAUGAAGCUUUAACAAACAAUGUAAGUUACAACUCGCAUAUACCAGAAUCUACGAAUAAGAUUGCGUUGUCUUCAAAUACACCAGUACAAACAGGUCUUCUGCAGCCUACACCUGCGAGUUUUGCCCCUGUGAAUACACAAAAUCAACGAACGACUGGCCAAAUAUUGCAACCCUUAUCAUUAGAAAGCUAUUCGCAAAUUAACUGGCCAAGUCCUGGCAUAGAUUUGCAGGACCUGUCAAGGUUUAAUCCUGUUGAAACUCUACAAUCUUUGAAAAGCGAUUUAAGUGUUAGUGGUCUUAGUAAAGUUGCCUCACCAGUUCACUCACAAAAAAGUACAACAGUCAGCCAGCCACCCGAUGAUGAUGUUUGGGGCGACUUUGUAUCGAGCAAGCCUAAACAACAACCUUCUCAACCGAAGAAACCGCCAGUUUUUGCGGAAGAUGAUGAAUGGUCAGACUUUAUAUCUAGCCCGAGUGUAAAAUCCCAAAACGGAUUAAAUACGAUAAGUUUAAAUGUGCACACUAACUCUAAUAUCCAAAAAACAGUUCAGAAUAAAUUUUCAAUGAAAAAUAACCAGACCCCUGUCGAUAUUCCGACAUUAAAUUAUAUAACUCCGAAAUCCAACCCUCAUAAGACAUACAAUGAUAAACAUUUCCAGAACUUAUAACAACACUGCACUACAAUUAUACUAAUUUAUUAAAACUGUACUUAAUGUAAUAAGUAUUACAUGAAAUUAUAAUUAUGUAUAUAGGGUGAUGGUGUAUAAUUUUGUAAUAUUUCUAUUUAAUUUUACAAAAGUCAGAAUUUAUUGUAAUUGAUUUUGCACUAGAUAGUAGCAUAUUAGGUAUUCGUACCCGUUAUUAGCUGUUAUAUUUAGCACUUGCACAUGCUCAUAAUGUGAUUAGAGCAAGAAGAAUUGCAGACGAAAUUAUAAUUUAACUAAUAUACAGAGAGCUCAUAUUAAUUUAAUUUGAUUCCAAUUGUAGUAGCGUGCAAGUUUGUAUCAAGUCCCGUCCUAAUUAUUUUGAAUUAGUUUGUCAUUAAGUUUUGUCAGUGCAAUGGAUUAAGCGUUGUAUUAUUAAAUAACGUAAGCCAGUAAAAGCAAUAUGUAAUUAUGAAAUUAUUAUUGAUUUAUCGUGUUUGUAUAUACUUAAUGUGAAUUACCUAUGUAUAAAUUGUAAAUUUGUUUAAAAUGUAUAUGACUACAUGGAGAAGGUUUAUUUUGUCUGUUAAAGUUUAGCACUGAUAGUCUGAUAUAUUAAACUAAAACUGAUAAAUGUUUAGGUUGUACUGUGAGUGAGGCACUAAAAGUAUAUCAAAUCCAUAUUACAUAGACGAUAUCAGAGCUACAGGAUGUCAGAGUAUAAGUAAAAUAUAUACUAUUUAUUUGCACCAAAUAUAAAUCGGACGAUAGUAAUAAUAACUGCUGUAUGUUAAUAAAACAUAAUGAAGGUGUUAAUAACCAUUUUAGAUUCAAAUUGCUCCAGUUGUUGGAAGUAUAUUUUGUCAGUAUUUGUAAAUCAAGAUUAACAUGUAUUUUAUUUAUAAUCAAUUAAUUUUUCACAUAAUAUUUCUACGAAUUAUUUAAUUAUUUUAACGACCAAUGUAUGUUUCU